AUGAACGACCUUCUCAACUUCAUCCUAUCACAGGAUGCAUUCCGGAAAAACCGACUCCCGUCCCUCUACUCCGACUUCGCCAUACACCGCAAAACCAACCCUGACGGCUACGCCGUCAACGUAGCAGCAUGGGAACAAGCGCUAACCAAAGCCGCAAAGCACGGCUACAUCUCCUCCUCGCACGGCCAGCUCUCGACACCGUCUAAGGGGGCGACGCGGAAAAGCGACCAUCUGAUUCUCCGCGCUGAUAAGUCGCUGUUGCGUGAUCUGGAGAUCCCGGAAUGGGGACAGCCGGUGGCGCUGGGGGCUGUUUUGAAGCCGCAGUGGCGGCUUAUUGACCCCGGGGUUCUGAAUCCGUGGAAUGUGAUGAGCUGGGGGUUAAAACAGUUGAAGGGUGUUGUUGUAGGGACGGAUGAGUCUUCGCCUGGUUUACAAGGUCAGGAGUGGAUUUUGGUGGAGAAUCUUAAGGAGGCUGCGGGAGGGAUAGUCAAGCAGGUUAUGGGACAGAGUCCGUCGAAUGCCGACCUCAUAUAUUCUAAGGAGAGCUUUGUGAACGAAUUUGGAACUAUCCUAAAUCAUGACAGCGAGCUAUCAGAAGCGGACUUUGAUGUUCUAUUGUUAUAUUUAUCCCGCGACAGCGGGGCCAUUGCCUAUGAUGGCAAGACAAUCAAGUUCCGACCCUCAAACGAUGCCCCGAGGGAAAUUACCCAACAAGAUAGCACCGUCGCCUCCAUCAAAGCGCUCAUGGCAACCAUGACGAAACAAGUGGAAGGUUUGGAAAACAAAAUCUCCGAAUUGAACUCAACCGCAAAGGCAGCUUUGCAUAACAAGAACAGGAUAUCUGCCCUUUCAGCGGUGCGUUCUAAGAAGCUGGCCGAACGUAACCUGCAGCAAAGGCUAGACACCUUGGCCCAGCUAGAGGAAGUGUACUCUAAGAUAGAGCAAGCCACCGGCCAGGUUGAAUACGUCCAAGUGAUGGAGGCAAGCACUGGUGUUCUUCGUGGCCUCAAUACUCAGAUUGGGGGGGCUGAGAGGGUUGAAGAUGUGGUUGAUGAAUUGCGCGACGAGAUGUCCAAGGUGGACGAGAUUGGAAACAUAAUGAACGAGGCCGGCCCCCAGGUCGACGAGGCGGAGAUAGACGAGGAGCUAGAGGAGCUAGAGAACAGGGAGCGACAGGCUGUGGAAGAGGAGGAGGCAGAAAAGACUCGUCAAAAGCUGGCCGAACUCGACGACCUCGAACAAAAGGCACAGGAAGCCGCGCGCAUUGCAGCCUCAGAGCAAAAUGUGGAUUCCGAGUUAGAGGAAAGGCUUUCCCGCAUGUCAGUGGAGGAGAGCCCCAGCACCGCGGCACAGUGA